AUGCUUUUGGUAUCGCCUAAAACCGGAGCAUUGUGCAUCUCCCCACUCAUCUCUGUUAUUAUAUAGUUGAUUUUAUACUAUAUGAAAUCAGUUCUAUGGUUUUACUUUGAUCUCAGUGAGUGAACGCAUCCCAAUCUAUCUAAUUAGGGCGGAUUGCAUUUUGUUCUGUAAUAUGUUUGAAUAACGUACAGAAUGCAGUGUUAAUAAAUAUUAUUCGGCAAAGCCGAUUCUUCUCGGCAGAUAUACUAUUGGACAAAAAAUGACGCUUGUUAUGUGAACAGUAUACGUUGAGUGUGGUUAAAUGUGAUUGGAUCACGUCGAUUAUUUGACAUAUUGAAAUUUAGUCAGCUGACUUCUGUAUAUUCUUUUUUAUACGUGCCAAUUGUUCCUGUAAAUCUUAGAAAAUGUCAUUUGAAGGAAAAUAUAAUGCUAAGAGUCCUGCUGUGAAGAGACUGAUGCGAGAGGCACAGGAGUUGCAUGAGGCAACCGAAGAAUAUUGUGCCUAUCCGCUAGAAGAUAAUCUAUUUGAAUGGCAUUUUACUGUGCAUGGACCACCAUCCACUGAUUUUGAGGGUGGUAUUUAUCAUGGGAGAAUUUUGUUGCCACCAGAAUAUCCUAUGAAGCCACCCAAUAUAAUAUUAUUGACUCCAAAUGGACGUUUUGAGAUCAACAAAAAAAUAUGUCUGAGUAUUUCUGGUCAUCAUCCCGAGACCUGGCAACCGUCGUGGAGUAUUAGAACUGCUUUAUUAGCAUUAAUUGCAUUUAUGCCUACACCAGGAAAUGGUACAAUUGGAUCGUUGGAUUACAGUACCGAAGAAAGACAGCAGCUUGCUAAAAGAUCACUAAAAUGGCAAUGUGACAGUUGUGGUAAAAUAGCAGAGCUACUUUCGAAAGAUGCAGCUAAGAAACCUAUUACAGAGGAAGAACAGCACAUGCUAGAUACUAUUGCUUUAAAAGCAGAGGAAGUAUCAUCUACUGAAAACUCUUUUGCAUCUAACACUGAAAAUAUUACUGAGAAUGGCUUGCGACAACGUGGAGUCCAAGUGCUGGCUGCAAAUAAUCAAACUCAAGAACAAUUAGAGGUGAUCGUUAAUCCGCAGGUCGAAACGAUGUCCUCGUCAAAUGACCUAUUUUGGACCAUCCUUAUCGCUUCGCUUCUCUCGGGAAUUAUUCUACUUGUUCUACGACGACUGUUUCUCGUUUAAAUUUUCGUCACUAGCGUGCACGAAAGUAACGUAAGAGUAACGUUGCAGCUGUAAGUACGUUAUCAACUACAAAGCAAAUUUUAUACACGUUUAAUGUAUAGCAUUUUUAAGUUUAGAGUAGGCCCACGAAUUUAUACUUAAAACAAACUUGUUCUAUGAGAUAAUUAUCGUUAUGCAUAAUUACACGUAUACGGAUAAAGAUAACAAUCUGUGCAAGUGUAGUACUUUUGUAUCUAAAGCGAAUAUUCGUUCGAUUAUUGCAUAUUACUAUAAAUGUUUCAGAAGCACUGAUUCCUAAUGAUUUGAUAACAAUAUAUAUAGUAUAUAUAUUUGUUCCUUGAACCAUUCGAUGUUUCACAGUAUUUUCGAUCUUCUGAAAUUGGAUAUAUCUUUACUAGUCUUCAGUUCUUUUCAAAAAACCCUGUAUUAAAAUACCAUUGACGUUCCUUUCAACGUAUACUAUAUAUUCGUAUAUCCUUUGAAUAAUACUAAAAUAAAUACUAAGUUGCAUUUAUUAGACUGUAAUUCACUUGCAAUUUUUUGUUGAUAACAUCAUUUGGUUGAUUAUUUUGCAUUUGUCAGUUUACGUAAGUUAAAUGUAUCAUCAGAUUAUAGUGUUACGGACACUCAGUAAUCAAUUAAUUUCCUAGCAGCCUAUCAGCUUUAUUGUUUUCCGCUUAUCUGUCAUUUUUGCUACAUGGGGCAGUUCAACAAGAUUUAUAAUCUCUAUAAGAAACGUCUUUUAAAUGUAUACAAAAAAUAUACAAAUUUCUACUUGGAGGCUUA